AUGGAAAUGUCUGAUACAGUCAAACCUCCGACUUCCUUCCUCAUAGAGGACAUCCUCUCCGUUAAGGACAACACAAGAUUUAAUGGCAAAUGCUGUUCACAGAAAAUGGAAAGACGUUCACAGUGGAGAGAAGAAUCUGAAAAGUUGUCAGAGAAACUCCGUCUCCAGGAGACAGCGUUUGGAGCGCAGACAGAGUCUCUGGACACAACCUGUCCCAGCACCUCGGAGUCCGGCAGUUUUUCCUCCACGGGGAAACAGAAGCGCUCCAGGGCUGCGUUUACACAUUUCCAAGUGCUUGAACUGGAGAAGAAAUUUAACCACCAGAAAUAUCUGUCCGCCCCAGAGAGGGCUCACCUUGCCAGCACCUUAAGACUAACUGAGACCCAAGUGAAAAUCUGGUUUCAGAACCGGAGGUAUAAAACGAAACGAAAGCAGCAAACAUCAGAGUUCUGUAAGGAUGUGUACAAAGCAGAGGGACUGGGCCUGAGAGAGGAUUUGGUCCGAUCAUCGCUAAUCGCCUCCUUCUGCAAAGCUUACCAAUACAGACCGUACCUGUGGGACUACAGUGGCCCCUGGGGGCCAACGUUAUGGUGA